GAGGGGAGGUGUCCGGUAUCAGAAUGCUCCACCGGUGACUUUGCAAGACCGAUAUAGCUCUGAAUGCCAACCCCUCUGGAAUCGGCAUUCAGGAAACCUAUAUAAAUCACCCGCAGCAGGCACAAUAGACUAGACCGAAGGGAGACUCCGAGAACUCAUCCUAGUUCGAGCAGAAGCCCAGACACAACGAUGCACGGAAAGACCGUGGUCCUUCGCAGCUCAGGGAACCUGGCCGCAGCCGAACUGAGCUGCCAGGUAUCCGAGAGAGACACAUCCCGGAAGGAAUCCUUCAGUGCGGAAUGGAAGGACCUCUCACUUACCGCUAGGCCUGAGGAAGGGUGAGUGUUGGGCUUGGGUCUGGUGGGGAUGAUAGGCUUGGUCCAAACUGUUAUAAUCCAGCCAGGCGGCUUUGUAUUUGUUACAGAAGUCUACUGGCUGGGUCCUCCCAAGGAAGCCUAGAUAAAGCCAAGUAUUGGGAGAGGUUAAACAUGCAUUGCUCUUGGGGUCCCUGCCAGCUCUAUGGCUCUAUGAUACAGUCAAGUCUUGGAGAUGCCAGACAUGUCAAAGAGGAAGGGCAGGGGGAGACAGCUCAGGCCCCAACAGUGUAUAAAGUUAGGGGGCUUUUUUGCCCCAGUGUGCAUGACAUUGAGGCACAUUAGACAUUUCAUUACCCAUUCACUCAGCUUGUAGAGAUCCUUUCGGAGCUAAUUUCCAGGCGCUGUUUGCUCCCCCCCGCCCCGCUCUGAAUAAUUUGGUGCCCUCAGCAAAUGCGGCCACUGCUUCGCUCACCGCUGACAAUGAAAGCGGAGCCUCUGCUUUUAGCGAUUGUGGUGGUUUGGUUUUGAGUGCUACAUCUGUCCUCCGGUUAAUCUGUCCCUUUCCUUUCUAACCCUUUGCAAGGAUAUCACACUUGUAUGAGUAUGAAAUCAGGGGAGAAAGUAUUUCGCCCGGUAUGAAGCAGUCUAAUCAUAUUUGCCAGGCUAGGGCUGGGAUGGUAAGGCGUGUGGGGUUUUAAGGCUGGGAGAGGGGGCUUUGAGGAUGCACAGAAUAGCAGAAGGAGGUGUUGCUCAGUGCAGGAUCUGUAACACCGGAUGCAGCUGGGGCAUCACUGUCAGAUGGCUGCCUAGUCUCUGUUUGUCAACCUUUUCAGCAAAGAAGAGCAUAGGAAACUAGGAAGCUGCGUUAAACUGAACCCAUUGGGCCAUCUAGUUUAGCGGUGUCUGUAGGUAAAAUCCCCAAAAAAGCUCAAGAACUUCAAUCCUAAAAAAAGGUCAACAACUCUGGUUGGCCCUCACACAUGCUCACUUCACCAAAUCUGGCCCUCUUUGAAAAAAGUUUGUUGGGAUUUCCUCAUUCUUCCAUCCUUGUGUUAUCAAGACUCUUGCCGCUGAUGAGCUAUGCAGAGUUGGCUAAAUUGACAUACAAACUGAGGGACAAGGACAACUGUGACUUUAAGGAUGAAUGGAAAUUUUUUACAAAUUAUCUAAAAAGACAACAAAAUGAACUGGACUCCUUGGCAGGUUUUGAAUAAACAUACACAAAUUUAUUGGCUGAGAACAUGAUAGAUAGAUAAGGUAAGGAUAUGUAUAAUUUUAUAACAUGCAGAGAAUAAUAUGUGCAGAGAAAUCAGAGAGAGGAGCUGAGGGAAGUCCUUGGUGGGAGGGGGGAGGGAGGGAUGGGAGGGGGAGGGAAAAAGGAAAAAAUAAUGUAUGUGAUUAUAUGGUUUGAUAAUUUGUUAUGUAGAAAUUGCUUAAUGAAAAGUUUUUUUAAAAAAGAAAAAAGUUUGGGCACCCCUGCCUGAAGCCGAGCUGUGGGGUGAAUCUAUGAUUAAUUUUUGACUCCUUUUCUCCGCAGCUGGUCUCGGUUUGAAGCAGACAAACAGCGCAGAGAAACUUACCGCCAGCAACAGGAAGCCCGGGUCAUAGUGCAGAGGUCUCCAUGGGGCAUCCUUCGCUUGGGUCUGCUGGGUGAACCUCUGACCUCCUACCACCUGCCCUACCAGAGGCCUUUGCCCUUGCCCAUCUUCACACCGGCCAAGCUAAGCGCCAGGGAGCUCGCCCCGACCCCCUCAGAGUCUGUGGAGUCCUUGCCGGCAGCCGGCGUGUGUCUCGACAAGAAAUCUGUGGCCGAGAUCACCAAAGAGCUGCCCCUCGUCAUCCAGCCCACCUGCCCCAACUUCAAGAAAGGCCUGCCCCGCUCCUUGUCCCGUUCCAUGUCUCAGGAUGCCCAGAGAGGCUGAGCGUACGGGACCCUUCCCCAACGCAAGGACUUUCCUUCGGGAACUGGCUUGGAUGCCUCGGGGGUGGUGGCCCCCCACAUCUGUUGCUGCAUGAGGACAAUCCGAAGGGGCCCAGGCACAUAGAAAAGGUUUGGUAGGAUCGAAGCCACCUUGAUGACUCCAACGGAGAACUCUUGGGGGUGGGGGCAAGGACUAGGACUAGGACUAUCUCUGUGUGUGAAUGUAUAUAUUAGAUGUACAGCAUCGUGCACUUCUGCCACCAGUGCUUUCCUUUCUGCACCGUGCAUUGCGGUGGUGUUUAUUUUAUUUUAUUUUUAAAAAGGACUACCUCCCCAGGGAGAGUUAGGGAGAGCCCCUGAAUUAAAGGAGAGAGAAAAAGAAAACAAUGAGAACAUCAUGCACAAAGCAGCUCAUGGAGGUUCAGGGCCCUCCUCCCUGUGGUUUCACAUAGCUGGGUGAAACAUAUUUGCAGAUGGAUGAUGAUGGGAGCCCUGCUUCGUGAGCUUAGCAGGAGAGAAUGAGGGUUCCUUGCAGAAAGAAGAGGAAGGUUGAAGGGUUAGCGGCAAGUGAGAGAGUAUGGAAGACAUUGGCGAUGCUCCAGGUUCUGUUUCAGCCAAUGUGGCCUGCGCAGGUGUUUGGUGGGUGGAGAGGAAUCCGAAUGUUGUACUUGAGGAACGGGGAGAGGUUAAUGGGACUAAACAACUUCUGAGGUGACGUUCUCUCACCCUCCUCCCCAGAUAGACCUGACUUGGGGUACAGGGACUCAGUAAAAAUUUCCCAAUGCAUAUAUAAUGAGGAACAUCUGCAUCUUGGGGAGGUGAAGAUGAGCCAAAGUUGAAUUAAGGGGCUAAUAGAGAAGGAAAGGAAGAGGGUUUAACCUGGACAGAAGAGGUUCAAGAAACAGAUUUGGUUUUACACCUCAUGACUCCUCCCCAUAGGGUAUGAUAAACUAUAGACAAAUCAUUAAGAAUUGUAGAGAAAUCCACUGUGAAUGUCCUGUAUUUCUUGUCCUUUGCUUUACUUUUGAAGAAAGUAAAAAAUAUUGAUCAUGGUGGAAUGCUGUAUGGUGAUUUAUUGUAUUCUUAUAAGAUAAAUAAAAAUGAGGGGAAUGACAGAAAAAAUGUCUCCUUAAUUUCAAAGACCUCCUUAAUUUCAAAGACCUUGCAUUUUUGUCAGGCUGCCCGGCAAAGUUGCUCAUCUCUCUUUUUCAUGCUCAAGGGAUGUGCGCCCUUAAGAGUGACACAGACGUCCAACGGGUGCAAAGGAAAGGAAGCUGGUGUCCCAGCUAUGAAGAAAGCCAAGUCGGCCACUGAUUCUGUGCCACCUCACAAGCAGACGUCCGUCUCUCAGGUCACUUCAUGCUGCAACACACCUUAGGAAGCAAAGCAAAACCAAGCAAACCUUACCUUGCUGCUUUCGGAAACAAAACAUCAAAUUGGCUGGCAUAGUUUGGUUCAGUCCAGCUUGCGUUGGUCAAGGAGCACGCAGCUGUUCACGUGACUUCCAUUGGGGAAAGAGGGAAAGUAACAUGGUUUAUUUACCCUUACAAAUGAACAUGGCUGGAACUUUGUGGUGGAAGGAGGAGCCCACAGGGACAAGAACUGCAGUAGGGAAACAGUGGGAAGGAGCAGGAUUAAGCUGCUUCUGUGUCUCCAUUUGGGAUCUCUCCCUCCUGGAGCUGCUGCUACAUGUGUAUGAAUGCAAAAUCCUCCUUACUUACCAGAGGUAAAACACCCUCAAAACAAGCACUCUUCCAUCACAGUCAUCCCCACACCAGGAUGUGUGAAUGGAAGUCCCCCUUCAAACACACAUACACACAGGUACUGCACAGGAGCAUGGACCUCCCCAAUUAUUAUGGGCUGUAUUCAACUAACAGCGUAGUAUAGCCCCAUGGGUAUACGCUGAGUAAAAGUUAGGUAAACACAACCCACAGAGACACACACACAAAAGUGAUUGCAAGUUGUCCUUUUAAGUCACAACAUCUUUUUGCAACUCCGUCCUGGAUGUUGUUGAGAUGUUGAAUCAGCAAAUAUUCCCCCCCCCUUCACCGAAAUCUCCACCCAACUCCACAAAUCCCCUGAGCUCCAUUGUUGAAAAUGUGCCUGAGCCAAUUCAUUAGCUAACAGUUUAUAGCUAGCUAACUGCAUAUUCACAAAGAUCAAAGCAUGUAGACCCUUGUCAAAAUCCGUGACUCCCUAAGGAUAUCCAGGACAUAUCCAGGGAGUAAAUCUAUGAUUGAAGGCAGGCUUAGCAUUGGAAGUCAUGUGGAGUUUGAAAAGAAACACCUCAGAAUGCAGCCAUUGAGUUCACUGGAAAGGCCUACGUCUGUCUCCAGCCUAUGUGAAAACAACAGUGAGUUUUGCGGCAUCUUAAAAGACUUUAAAAAUGGAUUGUGGCAUAAGGUUUUGUGGAGUCAAGCGGACGACUCUUUCUGCCACAAUAUAUUUGCUAGUCUUAAAAGUGCCACAAGGGAAGGGCUGCUCAGUAGCAGAGCCUGUGAUUUGUAUCCUAAAGGCCACAGGUCCAAACCCUGGUGCCCGCAGACAGAGACGGAAAUACUUAUUUAAAAUUCUGGAGAGCUACUGCCAGUCACUGUGGACUAUGGACUCAGCUACAUUAGUCAAAAAACAGUGUUUUGAACGUGUUAUAAACAUGCAACACCAUAUGGUGCUGGAGAGCAAAAAAUAAAUAAAAUAUUUGCGAUUU